AUGGCCGCCACCAAGGUGUGCACCGUUGGUUUCGAGAGCGACGUGAUCACCACCACCGUGACGGCAUCCGGCGCGGCCGUGGAGGGCUGGCUCGACGAGGUCCUCGCCGUCCACCGCCGCCGCCUGCACAAGCUCGUCGUAGGGCUGGACGUGGAGUGGCGCCCCAGCUUCGGCCGCGCGUACAGCAAAACAGCCAUCCUCCAGCUCUGCGUCGGGCGCCGGUGCCUCGUGUUCCAGUUCCUCCGCUGCGACUACAUCCCCGACGCGCUGGGGGAGUUCCUCGGCGCCGGCUACACGUUCGUCGGCGUGGGCGUGGAGGCGGACGCUGAGCGGCUCUGGAACGACUACGGCCUGAAGGUGAACCAGACGGUGGACCUGGCGUACCUCGCGGCGGAGAAGAUGGAGCGGCCGGACCUCCGCAACGCGGGCCUGAAGGGCAUCGCGGCAGCCGUCAUGGACGCCCACGUCGAGAAGCCGCAGUGGGUGCGGACGGGCGACUGGGAUGCGUACUACCUGUCGGACGAGCAGGUAAAGUACGCCUGCAUCGAUGCAUUCGUGUCCUUCGAGGUCGGCCGGAGGCUGUUCAACGGCGACUACUGA